UUGAUUUUCGAUUGCUGCAAGAAGGCUACUGCAUCGAAACCGCUAAUCAAAUUAAUGUAUUCAAAGCUUCGUGCUCCGUGUCCCUUUUGACAAAACCUGAUAUGACCAUCCUGAUUGACACGGGAAGCCCCUGGGAUGCCAACCACAUUUUGAAAAGUCUGAAUGAAAUCAACUUUCAUCCUAAUGAUAUCAACUAUGUUGUAUGUACUCAUGGACAUCUUGAUCACGUGGGAUUACUCUCCCAUUUCACAAAUUCCAAAAUAAUACUAGGAGCCGAUAUGGGUAUGGCUACGAACUGCUAUUCAGAUGAUUAUUCAGUUAAAACAACAGAUUUUAAGAUAUGCGAUGAUGCUUUUAUAACAUUUACUCCUGGUCACACCAACGAAGACAUUUCUCUAAUAGCUGAAGUUAAUUCGUCCUCUUUAUCGUCCAUUCUGCAUACUUCAACUCAAUCUAAGCCUUUUGUUACUGUUGCUUUUGCUGGCGAUCUUUUUGAAAAUAGUGACGACGAGAAUUCAUGGAGAUCUCUAUCUUCUAACACUGAUCUACAAGAAUAUCAUCGAACGAGAAUUCAAAGUUUAGCCGAAGUUAUUGUGCCAGGACAUGGGGGCCCUUUUGUCUCAAAAUUAUUUAUGCAGCUAAAUUAGUUUUGUUAGAAUUAUCAGAAUUUUUUGCAAGCAAUCCAUUCAUUUUGCUAUCCUAAGAGCAGAU